AUGGGGGUGUUUGGGAGUGGGGAGUUUGUGGAAAGUGCCAUGUACAUGGAGGGGGUGCGGGAGUCAGUCCCCGGACCCACUGGUCAGCCCACAGCCUCUUCGGCCACCACCCCGCCCAGGUCCACCAGUGAGGGACCCCACCCUUCCACCCCACCCCUGACCACCCCGGGCACCCCCACCGUGGGGCCGACGACCGGCUCGGGUCCACCCGAGCCCACGUCCACCAAGGGGACGCCCACAGCCGGACCCUCCAACCCCACCACCGGCCCCUUCAGCACCCAAAGGACCCCGGGGACCUCGGACACACUCCCUCCGCAAUCUGACCGGACGGCCACUAGUCCCGGGACCGGAUCACUGCCGUUUCCUUACAGUUCAGGCCCACCCUCCACGGAAUAUCCCACAAGCCCUCAGGGCACCAUCAACUCCGGGCCGCCCACGGCCUCGGUCACUUCUACCUCCCAUCUGACCUUGUCUCCUUCUGGGUCUCCCCACACCUCCUCCACCACAGUGUCCAUCCUUACAACCACUGGUCCCACCAUUUCCACGCCCCGGGGCACCCCCACCCUCACCCCACCUGUCACCACCGUUCUGCCACCCUCUCCUUCAUCAGGGGUCUCUGGCUCGCCCUUCCCCACCCCUCCGUCCACCUCUGCCGUGACCACCACCCCGCAGGGCUCUUCCACCCCUGGCUCGGCCCCGGCCACCACCCGGUCCACCACUGGAUGGAACCCGGGCCCUACCUUCUCUGGGACCACAUCGUCCCACCCUGGUCUCAGCACAACCUCCUCCACAACCCAGUCCAUCAGCAGUCCAGAAACACCCCCAUUCUCAGCCAACACUGUCGAGACGACCCGUCCAUCUUCUACCCAGUCUACCACGACCCCCAGCAGCUCCAGCUCUGGGCCUCCAUCUCCCCCAACCGCUACAACCCCCACCCACAUGUCGCACAUAACCUUGUCCCCCUCUGGGUCUCCCAGCAGCCCCCACACCUUUUCCACCACAGUGUCCAUCCCUACAACCACCGGUCCCACCGUUUCCACACCGCGGGGCACCCCCACCCUCAACCCACCCGCCAGCACCUCCCUGCAGCCCCCUCCACCUACAGGGAUCACUGGUUCCCCUUUCCCACCUCCUCUGUCCACCUCUGCAGUGACCACCACCCCGCAGGGCUUUUCUACUCCUGGGUCAGCCCCGACCACCACCCGGUCCACCACUGGAUGGACCAUGGGCCCCACCUUCUCCAGCACCACAUCGUCUCACCCUGGUCUCAGCACAACUUCCUCCACUGAAACACGGCCCAGUCCUGAAACACCCCCAGGUUCGGGCACCCCAACCAAGACCACCCGUCCGCCUUCUACCCAGUCCACCACGACCCCCAGGAGCUCCAGCUCUGGGCCACCAUCUCUCCCAACCGCUACAAUGUCCACUCACACGUUACACACCACCCUGUCACCCUCUGGGUCUCCCGGUAGCCCCCACACUUUCUCCAGCACAGUGUCCAUCCCUACAACCACCGGUCCAACCAUUUCCACGCCACCGAGCACCCCCACCCUCACCCCACCCGUCACCACCUCCACUCUGCCGCCUCCUACUUCAUCGGGGGUCUCUGGAUCUCCCUUGUCGACCUCUCUGUCCAGCACUAUGAUGACCACCUCCCCGCUGUGCACGUCCACCACUGCCUCAACCCCAGCCACCACCUACUACACCACGGUCACCACCGUCUCCGGGACCACAUCGUCCCACCCUGGUCUCAGUCCAACCUCUUCCACCGCCCCGCCCACCGGCACUAGACCCGGUCCAGAAACACCCCCGGGCUCGGCCAGCACGGCCAAGACCACCCGUCCACCUUCUACCAGGUCCACCACGAUCCCCAAGAGCUCCAGCUCCUGGACACCCUCUUCCUCAAUUGCCACAACGUCCAGACACACGUUUCACACAACCCUGUCCCCUUCGGGGUCUCCCGGCAGCCCCCACACCUCCUCCACCACAGUGUCCGGCCUUACAAACACUGGUCCCACCACUUCCACACCACAGGGCACACCCACACUCGCCCCACCCGCCACCACCGCCACCGUGGCGCCCCCAACUUCAUCGGGGGUCACUGGCUCCCCUUUCCCGACGCCUCUGUCCACUUCCGCCGUGACCGCCACCCCGCCGGGCUCCCCCACCCCCGGCUCGGCUCCCACCACUACCCGGUCCACCACUGGACGGGUCACGGGCACUGUCUCUGGCACCACGUCGUCCCUCCCUGUUCUCAGAACAACUUCUUCUACUGCCCUGCCCACGGGCACUAGGCCCAGUCCAGAAACACCUCCAGGCUCGGCCAGCACGGCCAAGACCACCCGUCCACUUUCAACCCAGUCCACCUCGACGUCUGGCAGCCCCAGUUCCAGGCCAUCUUCCCUAUCUACCACAACCCCCAUCCACACAUCGCACACAACCUUGUCCCCCUCGGGGUCUCCCGGCAGCCCCCACACCUCUUCCAUCACAGUGUCCAUCCCUUCAACCACUGGCUCCACCAUUUCCACACCACAGGGCACACCCACACUCACCCCACCCGCCACCACCACCACCGUGUCGCCCUCAACUUCAUCAGCGGUCCCUGGCUCCCCCUUCCCCACGCCUCUGUCCACCACCGAGGUGAGCGCCACCCCACAGGGCUCUUCCACUCCCGCCUCGGCCCCGGCCACCACCCGUUCCACCACUGGACGGACCACGGGCCCCACAAUCUCAGGGAUCACAUCGUCCCACCCUGGUCUCGGCCCAACUUUCACCACUGCCCCGUCCACCGGUACUAGGCCCACUCCAGAAACACCUCCGGGUUCAGCCAGCACAGCUAAAACUUCCCGUCCACCUUUCACGCAGUCCACCACAACAUUCAACAGCUCCAGCUCUGAGCCACCCUCUCCUCUGACCACCACUACAUCUCCCCACACGUUGCAUACGACCCUGCCCCCCUCUGGGUCUCCCGGCAGCCCCCACACCUCUUCCACCACAGUGUCCGGCCCUACAACCACCGGGCCCACCAUUUCCACACCCCGGGGCACCCCCACCCUCAACCCACCCGCCACCACCACCACCUCCCUGCCGCCUUCUACUUCAUCGGGGGUCUCUAUCUCGCCCUUCCCCACCCCUCUGUCCACCUCUGCCAUGACCACCACCCCGCAGGGCUCCUCCACCCCCGGCUCGGCCCCGGUCACCACCCGGUCCACCACUGGACGGACCACGGGCACCAUCUCUGGCACAACAUCGUCCCACCCUGGUCUCAGCACAACUUCCUCCACGGGCACUUGGCCCACUCCAGAAACACCCCCGGGUUCGUCCAGCACAGCCAAGACCACCCGCCCACCUUCUACCCACUCCACUGUCAUCCCCAACAGGCUCCUCCACUCCCGGCUCAGCUUCAGCCACCACCCGGUCCACCACUGCACGGACCACGGGCCCCACCAUCUCUGGGACCACAUCGUCCCACCCUGGUCUCAGCACAGCGUCCUCCACUGCCCCGCCCACCGGCACUAG